GUCAAAUGUCAAUUCGAAUAACAAUAUAAUAUUAUUAAUAAUAAUUCAAUUUUUAAGGAAUAGAUUUGGUUCGUUUCAAUCCAGUUCUUUCAAAAUAUUUUCAAUAUGUUUUGUUGUUAUUGUUAUUAAAAAUAAAAAUGUCGCUGAUAGGGCCCGAAUUUCUGAAUUUCAUUAAAAAAUUAGAAGACAACGGCGACCAGCUCCCUCCGGGAACGCCGUUGAAUCAACCAAGAGACUUUGAAUUCAAUAAUUCCAGUUGCUAUGUAUGCAAUGGCUACUAUGGACCAAACUUUGGAGAGCCUGUCUGUGUGACCUGUCACACAUUCUUGUUUCCCGAUUUCCCAUCUUACCUGCCAAGUUCAUACUUCAGUAGCGAAAAAACUGAUGAUGGAGACUCGGGGAAUGAUGAACCGUCUGAUCUGAAUUAUAGUGCUGAGAGGAAGUUCAACAAGGCCUGUCCUUUGCCAGCUUGGUGGUGUAGAAAUUCCUUGGACAGCGAAACAAGCCCAGAAGAUGAGACAAGUCGCACAAGCAACUCUGGACCUGGUGCCAGUGGGAGCGGCAGUGGCGGCAGUGUUUCUGGCCCCUCUUCUGCCCCCAGGGAGGGUAUUGAGGACCUGGUUGGCCAAGGACCUCCGCCGCAACCUCCCAGUCUGGCUAGAUCACUCCAAGCACUAUCAAGUCCGCGGUUACCUGAUAAUCUUGCGCCAGGGCUUGUAGAACAGUUACCAUCUGAAGUGCUGCUGUGCAUUUUCCGCUACCUGGACGAUCUCUCGCUGUGCGCAUGCGCGUGUGUGUGCGUGCGCUGGCGGCGGCUGGUGACGGCGCGCGUGCCGCCGCCGCGCUGGGCCGUGUUCACCGCGCGCCGCUGGCCGCUCUUCCGCCCGCUGCUCUCCAACAUCGACUGGCACAAGACGUACCAGUCACUGGUGGAGUCGUGCUUCUGCCGCAACUGCCUGGUGCAGAUGGGCGUGCUGGCGCAGCCGCCGGGCGACGAGAACGCGUGGCGACGGAACCGACUCAGGAUCGAGCUCAAGAUGCUCCGCAACGACCCGCCGGAGGGCAUAGCAGCGACUCCGCUGGACACGAAGGGCUUCCACUGGCAGGCAAGCGUCACCGGGCCCGUGGGCUCGCCCUACGAGGGCGGCGUCUUCUACCUCUACCUGCAGGUGCCCUACUCGUACCCCAUGAGCCCGCCCGUGGUGCGCUUCCUGACGCGCAUCCUGCACCCCAACGUGUCGCGGCACGGCGACGUGGGCAUCGACUCCGUGCACCACAACUGGUCGCUGGCCCUCACCAUCAACAAGGUGCUCAUCUCCAUACAGAGCCUGCUCACCGACCCCUACACAACGGUAUGUAUGGAGCCGGAGUUAGGAGACAUGUACGUACGAGACCGCGCUCGCUUCGAGUCGCUCGCGCGUCGGUGGACGUGGCUUUACGCCAUGCACGACAUACUGGUAGUGUAGGACCUUAGACGGUGCUUCCUUAGAUACAGCGAGGGCAUGUGGUGGUCAGACCUUUUAUAAAAUCUGAUAUGUCAGCCCUUCUACACAUACUCAUAGGUACGUAUUAGGUAGGCUUAGAUUGCAUAACUUACCAUCGGGUUAGAUUUUAGUCAAAUGCUGACUUGUAAAGAAUUAAAAAAUAUGGAAACAGUUUUAUUAGGUUACGUUAUUUUGCUUUAUUGGCUGUGCAUAGAAUGAGAAAGAAAAAAAAAUUAGGACAUUAAAAAAAUAUUUUAAACACAAACAUUAAAAAAAUAAACUAACGGUGAAUGAAGAACCGUCUUUUUUUGAAGGCGGUUAAAAAAGGUACGACUGUAUCGAUAUGUGACGAUAUGUUACUGUUUCAGAGGUGCAUGAGUAGUAUAAUUAUUGUAUAUUAUAACACCAUAUUUAAUUACUAUUGUUUUUAAUUCUUAAUUUGUAUAUCAAGGCAUGAGCUCAAAUCAAACUCGAAUUUUAUUAAAUGAAUCAAAUCAAAUCAAAUCAAAAAUCAUUUAUUUCAAGUAGGCUCAGUUUACAAGCACUUUUGACACGUCAGUUGACUAUUUGUAAAGAUUCUAUCACCGGUUCGGAAGGCAGGUUCUGCUGAGAAGAUACUGGCAAGAAACUCAACAGUUGCUCUUUUGAAAAAGUCUAUAAUUUACAAUUGAUAACAAUUACUGUUUACAUUUCUUAUAGUUUUACUUCCUGUGUGAAGGUGGAAGCUGAUACAACGGCCUCCAAGCAUCUUUAUCAUUAAGGAACUCAUCAAUGUUGUAGUACCCUCGACUAAGUAAAUGUUUUUUAACACAUUGCUUAAAGCUAUGCAUUGGCAGGUCCAUCACAGUCUUGGGGUUCUUAUUAUAGAAGAGUACACCCAAACCUACAAAAGAUUUUUUUACUCUUUGGAGACGAUAUGCAGAAAUAAAUGAAAUUAAAAGAUACAUUUUAGUAGUGUAUUCUUUACAUUUUUAAAUUAAUAAAAAAAAGAAAAAUCGUCAGUUUUAUUAUUAGCAUAUCACAUUAAUUAGAACUCAUUAACCAGUUAUAUGCAGCAAUUAAUGUAUCUACUCAUAAGGUUUUUUAUUGUGAUCAGAAUCAUUCACAUUAUUUAUAAUAAAACUUAUCUAUAAGUUAUGGUUUAAAAAAAAAGUUUAAAACGUGACGUAUUUCUGUUUUAUAUUCCGUCUCAUUUGUAGUUCAAUAAGAAAUAGGUAGUUUACAGAUAUAGACUAUAGUCAAUGUAUUACGGGAAAUUAGUUUGGCUUACCAUAAAUUACAGACCAAGUGUUUGUGUGUAAAUAGCAGAUCAACUCAUUGGCGUAUCUAGGAUUGUAUCCUGGGGUGGGACUACAUAUCAAUGACCAGAGUUAACACUCAAUAUAAUUAACAAUAUAAUACGUUAACAAUAUUUGUGGACGCAAACCUCUGAAAUGACUCGACUUAUUUUAUUAUUUUUUCUUUGUGUCUAUGGUAGGUAUCACAAAUUGUCUUAUAUCUUUCAAAAUUUAUAUAAUAUUUUUCAUAGUUUAUUAUAGGUUUUUCUUUAUUAUAAGUUGUAAUGGUUAUUAUUUAAUAUUUAUAAUUAUAUUUUGUGUAAAAUUAUUAGUAUUUCGGCGUCCAUCAUAGAAUUUCCAAUAGGUAGCCCAGUAUCCUAGGGUGGGCCCGGCCCACCCGCUAUAUACGCCUAUGGACCAACUAUUCCAUUCCAAGUUAAUAUUACUGUGGAUACGCUACAAACAUUCAGUACACCUUACCCCUACAUCCAAAGCCAAUGGGACUUCCCAGAAUAGAUUGAUUAUAACCAGUAAUGAUAUAAAAAAAUUAUAUUUUAACCUUUUGUAUUGUAUGUUUGUAACCGAAAUAGACAUAAGUUCAGUGUAUGUAAUUAUUGUAAAAAAGAUGGCAGUUUCAGUGGGUAAGGGGACGUCACAGCACCGUAUUACGAUAUAGUCGGAUGCAAUCUUUAUGAAGUCUUCGAAAUAUGGUACUACGCCGCUGUGUAACCGGUGAUACCUAUAAUCAAUUAUGUUAAAUACUGUUAUAUGAGUUACUAGCGCAUUAAAAAUGAGACGCUCGAAAGGGGGCAUUUAUACACAACUCGUUGUUAAUUGUGGUUAACAAUGUCGAGUUGUGUGUUCAGGAAGUGUAAAAACUAUAUAUACAUAAAUAAAUGAUGGAAUUAAAUACAAAAUUGUGCAUGUGUGCGCUCAGUUUUGUAGCCGGAUUCGGAUCACUUUUUGCGGUGAUUUUGUAGGGACGUAACCGAUCUAUAGUAUAAUGUUAUCAUUGCGUGGCACGCAAUUGACGGCCUCCGUGGCGCAGUGGUAUGCGCGGUGGAUUUAGAAGACGGAGGUCCUGGGUUUGAACCCCGGCUGGGCCGAUUGAGGAUUUCUUAAUUUGUGCAGGUCUGGCUGGUGGGAGGCUUCGGCCGUGGCUAGUUACCACCCUACCGACAUAGACGUACCGCCAAGCGAUUUAGCGUUCCGGUACGAUGUCGUGUAGAAACCGAAAAAAUUGUGGAUUUCAUCCUACUCCAAACAAGUUAGCCUGCUUCCAUCUUAGAUUGCAUCAUCACUUACCAUCAGGUGAGAUUGUAGUCAAGGGCUAACUUGUAGAAAAUCUCAGAAAAUAACGCGUCUUAGACCACUGGCAACACAAUCAAUAGCGACACGGCGUCUUCGCAGUUCGUGGGCCAAGGUACGAAUAUGAAGCUUUUGGCAAUAUUAGGUACAUUAUCCGAAAAUUAACAUAAUGGUCGUAUUGCGUAAAAAUAGUUUAGAUUGGAUAAAGUAAAUAAAAUAUGCCAUUAUGUUAUGGUUGGAAUCAAAAUUAAAUUACUCCGUUUAUACCGCGCUGUGGCCUUCGCUUAAUGAAUUAAUGUAUGACAAAUUAUUGUUAAGUUUAUAACUAGACAUUACUGAAAUGAAAAUAAAUUUAAUUAUGCUCGAAAAAUAA